AUGUCGACUGAGACGCAUAAUGAUAAUAGGAUGAGGGUAGAAGAAGAAGGUGAGGAUGAAGAGGCCCCUCAAAGGAGGAAGGAUGAUGGAAGUACAUCAGCCUUACCUAGUGAUGAUAAUGACGAGGACAUGGUUAGUAUUACUGCUGCUAUACUCCCCCUCUAA